AUGGCUCAAAAAGCAGGUGUUUGUGUCAAAAGAAACGAAUUCAUGGUACUGGCUGUAAAUGGAGAACUUGUGAAAACAGUGGGAGAAGCUAUAGUGACAUUGAUGGUUGCAGGAAAACAACUACAAGCGUCCGUAAUGGUUUUAAAAAAUGUUGUUAAUGGUAUUGAUGCUGUUAUUGGUAUGGAUAUUAUUAAUCGUUGUGGAGGAGUGCACCUAUACGAUGGAAAAAUUGAAUUUGGUUUUGUUUCAAUUCACACAGAAAAACAAUUUGUUGAUAUAAAGGACAAGGACUUUGACGCUAAUUUUGAUGGCAUGAAAUGGACUGCUAAAUAUAAAUGGAAACAAAAUGAACCACAACUGAAGAACUUUGUCACGCAGUACAAAGUAAAACCCAAGUUGAUACAUCAAUUUAACGAAGAGAUGGACUUAUGGGUGGAAAAUGGUUGGCUGAAACCAUGUAAAAUAGAUGAAAAUAAUAAAAAAGGGAUUGUCGCUUUAAUGGCAGUUGAACAAGAAAAUAAAGGGAAGAUACGACCUGUCUUGGAUUUUCGCGAGUUGAACCAAUACGUUAAUUCACAUAACGCUUCAAGUGAUGCCUGCGAUGAAACAUUGAGGAGAUGGAGAAAAGUUGGUGACAAAUUUGCACUGCUUGAUCUCAGAUGCGCCUACAUGCAAAUACACAUUGAUCCGGUUUUGUGGAAGUAUCAGAGGGUAGUCUACAAAGAGAUGCAAUACCAUCUUACACGACUCGGAUUUGGGUUAAAUUCUGCACCAAAGAUUAUGUCGUCAAUCUUAGGCAAAGUGCUAAGUCUUGAUGCAGGUAUUGGUGAAGCAACUGACCAUUAUAUCGACGACAUAAUCGUUGAUUUGAAAAAGACAUCGGUUGAAAAUGUCGUAAACCACUUGGAACGGUAUGUGCUUUGUUGGAAACGCGGCAAUAUCAUUCCAAAGUCAGAAGACAUUGAAAAUGAAAAAAUUACACGUCGGAGAUUGUUUUCAAUAUGUGGUCACUUGAUUGGACACUAUCCAAUUGGAAACUGGCUCAGAAUUGCCUGCAGCUUUACAAAACGUUAUAGCCAAGGAGAUGCUUGGGAUGACCUAAUAGGAGAUCAAGUACAAUCAUGGUUGAUCGAAAUAUUGCGCAGUUUGGAAGCUAGUGAUCCUGUAAAUGGGACAUGGAAUGCUGAUGGUAUUCAAAAUAGACCAAUAUUGUGGUGUGAUGCUAGUAGUAUUGCAAUUGGUGUUGCAAUCGAAUAUAACGGCGUAAUAGUUGAGGAUGCAGCAUGGCUACGAAGUACAAAUGAUGUCAUGCAUAUUAAUAUGGCUGAAUUAGAUGCUGUGGUGCGUGGAAUAAACCUAGCUGUUAAGUGGGACAUCAAGAACCUAUCAAUAUUUAUUGACUCGGUAACUGUUCAUGGAUGGUUAAAAAGUGUGCUGACUGAAAGUCAUAGGGUUCGGUCAAAUGGACUAUCAGAAAUGCUAAUCAAACGAAGACUUUCAUUAUUGCGCGAUUUAAUAAAGGAAUACAGUAUGAACAUCAUAGUGAAGUGGGUUCCGUCUUCUAAAAACAAAGCAGAUGUAUUAACAAGAGUUUCAAAAAAGUGGUUAAAUGAAAUUUCACGAAAAAAUGUUAAAGAAUUAUGUGGGGUAAAUAUUGCCGAUGAAAUUCGUAAAUGUCACUCGAAACAUCAUUUUGGCGUUAAUCGAACAAUGUUUACAGUACAACAAAGAAUCCCGCAAGUGUCGAGAAAAGACGUUAAAGACUGUGUGCGCAAAUGUCGUCAAUGUAGUUCAAUUGAUCCAGCACCAAUAAAAUGGGAACAAGGAGUGCUAGAUGUACCAGAUACAUGGUAUCGUAUUGCAUGUGACGUAACUCACUAUAAAGGGUCACCGUACCUAACAAUGAUUGACUGUGGACCAAGUCGAUUCGCAGCAUGGAGAAAGAUGUUACACGAAGAUACAAAAAGUAUAUUAAUUCAAUUGGAUUCCGUAUUUAGGGAGCAUGGCCCGCCACACGAACUAUUGAUGGACAAUGGAGCUGUUGCAUCUGGAUUAAUAAUACACUCAGAUCAGUGGGCUUCCUAUGCUAAUUUACAUAACUUAAGUUACAAUCAUUUCACUGUAAACCUUACAAUAAACUUUGUUGAUCCUGACACUGGAGCAACAACAAAUCUUGUUGAGUCGUUUUGGUGUCGGAUAAAACAGGGUGAUUUAAAGUGUUCUAGGCUAGACGAAGCUCUAUUUGUGAUUACAAAUCAGGUUACGAAGUCAGACGAUCACGAUACGAAUGUAGAAGAUAAUGUUGCACAAGAACAGUUGAACUACAACUAUAUAGAGGAAAUAACUCUUAAAAAAUAUGAAGAUGAAAGUAAUCUUAUUCUGCUACUUAAAUUGUUAGCAGAAAGUAUAUAUGAACUUUGUACUUACAUAGAAGUAUGCUUUAUGUUACUUUACGAUGACUUAAGUUCAUUGUAA